UUUGUUUUGAUUUGCUGGCUGCUGUGCACACAACUUGGCGGUAUCAUUAGAUCGUCUGCAGCAUGGGUAUUGCUCGAGAUCGCAUUCAUAAAAGGGCUAAAACUGGAGCUCGUAGAGAGCGAAAUCGCAAAAAGAGGAAGUUCGAGUUAGGACGUCCAGCAGCAAUGACAAAGCUUGGAGCCAAACGUGUCCAUACAGUCCGUGUCCGAGGUGGAAAUAUAAAGCUCCGUGCAAUGCGUUUGGAUCAAGGGAAUUUCAGCUGGCCCUCUCAAGCUAUCUCACGGAAAACUAAAAUAAUUGAUGUUGUCUAUAAUGCUUCUAGUAAUGAACUUGUCCGAACAAAAACUCUUGUCAAGAGAGCAAUAGUUCAGAUCGACGGAGCCCCAUUCAGACAAUGGUUUGAAGCUCACUAUUUAAAAGAACUUGGUCGCCGUAAAGUCGUUAGUAAAAAAGGACACACAAUUACACAGGAAAACCCGGAGGAAGAUAUUUUGUUGAAGAAACGAAGCAAGUCAGCCUUGAAAAAGUAUGAAACUCGUCAGGCUUUGCCUCAAGCAAACGUAGAAGAACCUUUAAAAGAAGCAUUUGUUACGGGUCGUCUGUUAGCUUGUAUAUCCUCUAGACCUGGUCAAAUCGGCCGAGCAGAUGGUUAUAUUCUCGAAGGCAAAGAGUUGGAGUUUUAUUCAAAGAAACUAAAAGUUAAAAAAGCAAAAUAAAUUUCUUUGGAAAUAAACUUUUGUAGG